AUGCAUGCGUCUCGCAUAAUCCCGUCGACCUUAUCUAUACUGGCCUUACUAAGUCAGUUUCAACUCUCGAUAGCUUCCCCAUUGGAACCCGAGGUGAGUCUCGAGGAGGCCACCUUGGAGAAGCGCUGUUCGAAUCCUUGCGGUUAUUAUAGCCAGCUUUGCUGCAGCUCAAGCGAAACAUGCAGCACCAACAGUGAUGGCGAAGCUGAGUGCGUCAGUUCCGGAAGCUGGGAGUAUUACACCACCACGUAUGUCGUGACCGAAACAGAGCGUGCGACUUUUACUUCAACAUGGAGCUCCUACAUUUCGGCAACAACGAGCACUGGCAGUUGCAAUGCCGAGUAUGGUGAAACGGUCUGCGGCAGCGACUGUUGCGGCCCUGCAUAUGUCUGCUCCAACAAUCAAUGUAUCCUGGGAAGCACGUCAAUCUGGGCAACUGCGACUGCCACACCCCCCGUACGCGGAACAACGCUAUCGACUGUAACUCAAACGGCCACCACUACUGAGCCUUUCACUGCCCCUGUGAGCACAAGCGGCACGCCAUUGGUUGUGAAGGGCUCCGGCGGAGGACUCAGCGGCGGAGCCAUCGCGGGCAUUGUUAUCGGAACAAUUGCCGGCGUGUUCCUUCUGUUACUCCUUUGCGCCUGUAUGUGCUGCCGUGGAGCACUUGAUUCUGUGCUUGCUUGCCUUGGUCUCGGUGGCGGUAGGAAGCGGAGAGAAACCACUUACGUUGAAGAACGUCGUCGUCGUCACCAUUCUUCUUCCGGGGCUAGACCUGAACAACGCACCUGGUUCGGCAGUCGACCGGCACCAUCAACAGCAGGUGGCGGUAAGAAGAAAGAGUCUGGCAUGGGUGCUUUGGCGACCAUUGGAAUCGUCCUGGGUGCGAUCGCGCUGUGCCUUGGGUUGAAGAGGCGCAGAGACCGUGACGUGGAUGAGAAGAGCGAUUACACGUAUCCGAGCACCUACUACAGUUACUACUCCUCUGACUACUAUACCAACGAUGGAAGCGUGGUGACAGAUGAUCGGCGGACGAGAGACACCAGAAGAACUAGACGAUCUCGUACGCGUUCACGAAGAUGA